AUGGACAACAACAAUGCCAAUCUUCAGUUUUUACCAUUGUUGGCGCCCGACCAGAAUCAAGGUCGCAUCAUCCAUGUCACCCAUCAGAUUCCCUACCAAGUGACCCAUGACAUCAAAGAGGACGAAAGACUGCAUUGGACUUUUACGUCUCGGCAGGGGCAUGCUGCCAUGUAUGCUGGUAUGCAAUCGCUGAUUGACGAAUGGGAGACAGUGUGCAUUGGAUGGACUGGAAAUAUGUAUGAAAGGUCAAUGAGCUCAUCCAAAGACGUCAAUCGGCUCGAAAUCGAUGAAUCUACACUAUCCGAAAAAGAGAAGCUUGCCAUGACCACUCAGUUGCAGCAGGAACACAAUUGUAUCCCCUUGUUUUUAGACAGCGAGAGUAUCGCUGGACACUACCACGGUUAUUGCAAAACAUUAUUGUGGCCCUUGUUCAACUAUAUUAUUUGGAAUGACGCUACGGAUGGUCGCAUCGAGAAAACGCAAUGGAAUUUCUACGAAGCAGUGAAUCAGAAAUACGCAGAUCUGAUUGUGGAACAAUAUCAGACGGGCGACACUAUCUGGAUCCACGAUUACCAUUUACUGCUGGUGCCAGAUAUGGUGCGCACCAAAUUACCAAAAGCACGGAUUGGAUUGUUUGUGCAUUCGCCAUUUCCUAGUUCAGAAAUCUUUCGAUGUUUACCGAAGCGACAGGAGAUCCUCAAAGGCAUGUUGGGUGCCAACCUAGUUGGAUUUCAAACGUAUGCGAAUGCAAGACAUUUCAUCUCAACCUCCACCCGAGUUUUAGGAUACGAGAGUUCCCCUGACGGUGUGGAGAAUGACGGCCAUUUCUGUCAUGUGGGCACAUUUCCCAUCGGAAUUGAUGUGGAUGCUGUGGACUCGAUACGUAAAAGCUCAGAUGUGGUACCCAAGAUCAAGGCCAUUACUGAAAUGUACUCGGAUAAGAAGAUCCUUGUCGGAAGAGACAAGAUUGAUCUGGUACAAGGUGUAUUACAGAAACUGGCUGCAUUUGAAAAGUUUCUCUUGGAUUAUCCAGAGUGGCAGAACAAGGUGGUGUUGAUCCAAGUGACUGAUGCCAACUCAACAGACAGCCUCAAGAAUGAGAACAAGGUGUCAGAGAUGGUAGCUCAUAUCAAUGGCAACAUUGGCAGUUUGGAAUGGAGUCCAGUGUAUCACUAUCACCAUCAAAUCCAGACAGAUGAAUACUAUGCGUUACUGUCAACGGCAGAUGCAGCACUGAUCACAGCAGUAAGAGAUGGCAUGAACACAACCUGUUCAGAGUAUGUCAUGUGUCAGCAAGAAAAGCACGGAUCAUUGAUAGUGUCCGAAUUGACGGGUACUGCAGGCUCCAUGGGCUCUGCAUUACUGGUCAAUCCAUGGGAUUACGCGGGUGUUGCCAAAGCAAUCAAUGAUGCAUUGCUCAUGUCCGAAGAAGAGAAGUUGGCGAGACACAUGCAAUUGCUGGCUCAUGUCAAGUCAAACACAACCUCUUUCUGGGCACACUCAUUUGUCAGAAUGCUACUCCACACAUGUCUCCUAUCAGAACAAAGCAAAAAUACGCCCAAAUUGAAGCUAGAAUACCUUCGUGAUCAGUAUCGCCACUCGAAAAAGAGGCUGAUUUGCUUUGACUACGAUGGCACAUUGACUCCCAUCAAAAAGACACCCAUGGCUGCAGUUCCUCCUAAAGAUAUGCUCCAAUACCUGGCUGCCUUGUGUCAAGACCCACGCAACGAAGUGUGGAUUAUCUCUGGCAGAGAUGAAAAUGCACUCAACACCUGGCUGGGCCACAUUAGCCAUCUCGGCAUGAGUGCAGAACAUGGCUCCUUCAUGCGCUAUCCCAACAGUAAAAAAUGGGUCAACUUGACGGAGCACUUGGAUAUGAGUUGGAAGAAUGAUGUGCUGGAGAUCUUUACCUAUUAUACCGAGCGCACCACUGGCAGUUUUAUAGAGCAUAAACGAUGCGCACUCACAUGGCAUUAUCGACUGGCCGAUCCAGAAUACGGUGCUUUCCAAGCCAAAGAGUGUCAAAACCAUUUAGAACAAGCCAUUUUAAGUAAAUUGCCUGUGGAAGUUUUGGUUGGCAAGAAGAAUCUCGAAGUGCGACCUACGUCUGUUAACAAGGGUGAAAUUUUGAAAAAAUUGCUUGCAUCUUCCAAUACCCCCUUCGACUUUGUCAUGUGCUGUGGAGAUGAUCGUACAGACGAAGACAUGUUCAAAACCCUCAAAAAAACUGAUCUGUACGAGCAUCAAAAGUUUGCCGUAUUGGUGGGCAAUGAGGAUCAAAAGACGCAAGCAAAUUGGCUGCUGCCCAAUGUACAACAGGUCAUUGAGAGCAUCCGCAUCAUGGCUGAGAGCACAUAG